GUCUGAGUUGCAGCCCUGCCCACACUGCGGUCGAUCCUUCCGACCAGCAAUAGUUGAAAAGCACGUGAAGGUCUGCCAGAGCGUUUUUGCGGCGAAUAGCACCGAUGCCAAACGGCAAGUCUUCGACAGCCGCAGGCAUCGUCUGAAAGGGACUCCGCUGGAGGGCUUGGCUUCGCAGACCUGCGGGCGAUCUGGUACUGAGGCUGCCGUCCCACACGGCGCCAAUGAAAGGCGAGUCAGCUCUACCCCGCCUCGCAUGCGGCCUGACAGACUUGUAAAAAGCAGCACUUCGACCGUGCGAACAGCGGAGAAAGGCAUUGCGUCUGGCAGUCCAGAGCUCCUUCAUCGGUCUGUCUCAGAUGUCCUAACUCCUCGAACUUUGCAGGAUAUGCAGGAAAGAAAGAGCAACCUGGACAUUUGGGAACAGGAAGUUCAAGAAGCCAUUCAAGCUAUGUCCGAACCAGCUUCUGAGGAUGUCGGAGAGUCUGUAGUGGACAGCCAGCAGGCAAAUCUGCCUACUUCUUCGCCUCUCAAUGGAAGCCUGCGUGCUUUGGAGGAGCGUGCCACCUUGCUUGAGCGGGCGCGCCUGGGAGCGAAGAUGGGGCAGAAGCCGCGGCAAGCCCUAGCUGGGUCAAUGUCGGAGACGGUGUUAUGCCACAAUUCGGAUGUGUUGUGCUCACAACAAAGUGCUUUCACACGGACGUCUGGUUCCGCAAAAUCGACUCAACCACUGCUAUGGAAACAGGCCUCCUGGGCAGCAGGCUGUCCCGAAGCUUUGAGCAGGACGCAGCCGGCGGUCCCCUCUAUGGAGGCACCGCUGUCCAGCCGCUCCAACCGCAGCAUGGCUGAGGCCACUGAUUCAAACAAGAGACACCGUUCCACUGACAUUCUUGUACCUGCAGCAAUGGAUUUCGAUGAGCUGGAUGAACUGGACCCCAUUGAGCUGCCGGAGCAGCACAAACCACAACGCUUUACGGGAAGUCUCAUGGCACAGCACCUGGACUGCAUGAUUGCUGCCGGCAAAACUCCGCCGCUGACGUGGGCUGUUGCAGGGAACAUCUUGGCGCACUGCAAGAGCAAGCCAGGCCUUGUGCAUGUCACCAGCAAGACACCGUUCUUGGAAAUGGCUUCAAGGUGUAAGGUUCUGGUUUCAGCUGCCGGGCCGUAUACCCUUCACGGGGAGGCUGUCGUUGACGCAUGCAUAAAGGCCUCUACGCAUUACAUUGACGUGUGUGGUGAGCUUCCCUGGAUGUGCGCCAUUGUGGAAAGAUAUCACGCGCAAGCCCAGAGAAGCGGCGUCUCGAUUGUUAUCUCUGCUGGCAAUAUCAGCGUGCCUGACGACGUACUUUGCUACAGCUUGGUACAAGAAAUUGGUCCGUUGCGAUGCUUCCGAGAAUACUUCAGCCAGUAUGGCGGAAUCAGCGGCGGAACUCUGCAGUCCCAGGUUUCCAACCCUGAAGUUGAUCAGAUGCCUUUCUGCUUGGGCGGCAGCAGAGAAGCUGGUAUCAGACCAGAUGACCUGGACUGCGAAACCGUAGAGGUGGAUCCAUGGUUUCCUUCUUUGUACCUUGCACCAGCAUACAACAGUUUUGUCGCCUCCAGAGUGGUUCGGAGAAGCUGCCAGCUGUUUGAGGAGCGUGGCCAGGUAAACUACGGAGCGCAGCUAAGCGUCGUGAUUCGCGAGCCACAGCUGCAAAAGGCCGUGGCAGAACAGCUGCUGCACCAACUUCAACCCCGAGCUGACGAAUCUGACCGCGGCGCAGAGAAGAUUCAGUCUGCGCGGGAGCGAGGCGAGGCUCCCUGGCCUGGUCAGGGCCCACCUGCCCGCACCCGUCAGAUGUACGGCAGCGAGAUCCUUGGCGUUGCGCAAGGAGAGUCUGGAGAAUGGGCCUAUGCGCGGUGGACAUCAGGCUGUGCGUACGAGGUCUCCGGCAUGGCCGCCAUAGCUGGCGCCAUGGUUCUUGCCAAUGACGCGGAGCCAGAGCGUCCAAGAGCUGGGGUCGUGACGCCGGCAUAUGCCUUUCAUGGCAGUAGGUGGAUGAAUAUCUUGGUCAGCGCAUCCUUUGCCAACGGAAGCGGAAGGAAGAUCUCUCUUGAAGUCUUUCAAGGCAAGCCGUCUGAGGAGGACAUGGACUUGUCGCCAGCGCAGAACCACUCCUCACAGCCGACCCAGGCUAAGCCUGGCCUUGGCAGAGAAGAUCCUUUGCCUGGAAGGCAAUCCCAGACAGCGGGCUCCUUUGCGGUGAUGAACACAGCCCUUGUCCAACCGCCUGCAGGAGCUUCGCGAUUGUCUUCCACCGCAUCUGGUAGCCAGCAGACCCCUCGGCAACGUCAGGCACCCGUCAUUCCCGCUGCGCCUCCGCCAUCACCAGCAAGUCCGAAGCAUGCUGCGCUUGACCUUGAGCCUUCAAUAGCAGGCACCCCACGACUUGUCCACUCUGCUGCCAAAGGAUGUGCUCAAAGUAGCUUGCAGCAUCCUGUCGUUUAUCAGCAGUAUACCCAAGUCUAUCGCUUUGCUGCUUCGAAAGCAAAUGCGCAAGCUUCGUCAACACCAAUCCGGGAAAGGGCAUCUGUGCUGGUGCCCAAGUUGGACCUGAGAAAGGUGACAGUAGUGCGGAAGUAA